UGAUAAUGUCGGCACAACCGACCGUGGGUUCGCAAAGUUAGGUUCCCAUCGAGUUGGAACUUAUCGGGCAAGGAAGGCUGAGGAGGGCGGAACGGUCCCGAGCAGUGACCUCCCCGAUAUUUGCUGAUCGAAGUAAUCGUGUAUCGUGACGGUCUGUCACGCUUUGGGAUAACGCUGGAUAAUGGUUCGUGGGGUAACACGUUCCGAUGACUCGAUAGAGCAAUUCCUUGUUAUUCCUGACUGCCCCUAACGCAACCAGAAAUACUUGGAGCGAGUACCCCAGUGUUCUCGGCUUCGGACUUUUGUCCCGCGACGUUUUCUACCAGCUCCGGGCACAGGAAGCCCGUUGGGGUGCAACCAUUGAAAGUCUAGGAUACCUUGUUACAUCGAAUCAAAUAGUAGUACACAACGGUAUUCUUCAGGAUUUUAUCGUCUCUGUAAGUUCGGAGCAUCUAGAAGAAUGGCAUGGACUCAUUACCAAACGUCGCUGGCGAUCUUGUUCGUGAUCACUGGCUCGUUUAAUACGCUUUCCGUCAAAUAUGCCGAUAAACAAAUAGUCCCAGGAAUAGAUGGGCAGCCAAGGUACUUUAAUCACCCAUUCAUGCAAUCUUCAUUCAUGUUUUUGGGAGAAAUGUUAUGCCUUCUUGUUUUCAAAAUAGCGUACUGUUAUUACGAACGCCGAGGGGAUGGAACCAUCGAUGAAACCAAUUUGACCAAAGGAUUGAGGACUUUCAAUCCGUUCGUUCUUUUCGUCCCAGCUCUUUGCGAUAUGUUUGCUACAUCGAUUAUGUACAUCGGGCUGAAUAUGACUUAUGCGAGCAGUUUUCAAAUGCUUCGAGGUGCAUCGAUAAUCUUCACCGGUAUACUUUCGGUUAGUUUCUUGGAGCGGAAGUUAAAGUACAGAGAAUGGAGCGGAAUAGUUAUGGUCACCUUAGGUCUAGCUCUUGUCGGCAUUAGUGACUUUGUAACAAAAGAAACUGACGACACCGAUUCAAAUUCUAUCAUCGCCGGUGAUCUACUCAUCGUUUGUGCUCAGGUGAUUACUGCUACGCAAAUGGUCGUUGAAGAGAAAUACGUCUCCGGUCAGGACAUUCCUGCUCUUCAAGCCGUUGGCUGGGAGGGUGUCUUUGGUUUUAUCGGUAUGUGUUUAGCCAUGAUUCCAUUGAACUACAUUAGUGCUCAGCCACCUUUUGCCGAUAACUCCCGAGGAACUCUGGAAGCAACGGUCGAUGCUUUUGUUCAAAUAGGGAAAAGUGGACGGCUCUUUACAGCACUGAUAGGCAUAGUCGUCAGUAUCGCCUUCUUUAACUUUAGCGGAAUAAGCAUUACAAAGGAGAUGAGUGCAACCACAAGAAUGGUCUUGGACAGUGCCAGGACGAUAAUCAUAUGGGCCAUAUCCUUGACACUCCGCUGGCAAAAGUUUCAUUAUUUACAACUUGUCGGUUUCGCUAUUCUCCUCCUCGGCAUGUGCUUCUACAACGACAUUUUCAUUGCUCAAUUUUGGAGGAAAUGUUGUGGUAGAUUAACUCGACAUCGGCCGCUUCCACCGGGGACCGAAAUUAUUCACACCCUUGCCGAUGACGAUACAGGGGCUUAAAACUGACUUAUAUGCCAAGUGAGUUUAUCGGCGAAAAUCAAGAGAAUUAAUUUGACAGGCAAUCUCAUGCAUGUCGGAUCACUUUCGAACCGCUUCGAUCGUUAUAAAUCUCGAAACUUAUUUUUUUAUUUUUUUUAUUACUUGUUUUUAGUACUGUACGUUAAUAGGGUCAUUAAUUCCCUUAUGAUCUUUAACGGUCAAGAGCACGAUACCGGGGAAUCUUUAAGCACCCUCAAGGUGCGAAUUAAAUAUGCAUCGUACGUGACCGAAAUGGAUGUAUCAUGGAAGCCUUCACAAAUUUUUUUGGUGCCAAGUCAUUGUGGAUUUCUUGCCUUAGAAACGAUCCUCUCUUAUCGCGUACAAUACUGUUUUACUAUAAUAACAACAACAACAAAAACUAUCACAUCAAUGCCUUGUUUCUUAGGAGAAAAUGUAUCGUGUAAAUGUACACUGCGUGUACGUAAAAAGUAGUUCGGUUACCAUUUGUAAUCGUCGUCCUGCGGCAAUGGCGUUAAUCUUAAGGCUUUAUAUAUAUAUAUAUAUUAAUUUAUCAAAACUAUCCGAAAUUGAAUACCAUUUGUUACUCCUAUCUCAAAACCAAUGCUUCUGUGAACUCAUGCCAAUAAUGUAAUUCAAUAAAUGCAUAGUUAUUUUCCGAA